AGGUAUCCGAAUAAUUUCGGGAAUAACAAUUUUCAUGGAUAUAAUAAUAACAUUUACGAUUACCGUAAUGAUUGUAAUUUGUAUUGGGCAGCAGAUUCCUUUCCAGCCAACUUUGAGGAUAAUUUUCAGCAAAAUAACUGGGAUAAUAACUUUAAUGAAAAUCACUACAACUUCGAUUUUAAUGGUAUGUUGAACAAUGGAGGUCACCUUAACUUUGGCAACGCUUUUCAAUUCGGAAACUACGGAAAUCAAAUAAACUGGAACAAUCAUCAAAAUAAUAAUGUAAAUCCGCCUAGAGCCAUUAGAAAACCAGCUAUCAAUAAAAAACAACAACCGCAGCCACCAAAGCAAGCCACAGAUAAAAACGAAGUAAAGAAAACGACGACUGAUAAAAAAAUAGAACAGAAAAAACUAGUGCUUGAACAAAAAGGAGAACAGAAAAAACAAGUGAUUGAACAAAAAGGAGAACAGCAAAAACAAGUGAUUGAACAAAAAGGAGAACAGCAAAAACAAGUGAUUGAACAAAAAGGAGAACAGAAGAAAGAAAUAGAACAGAAAAAACAAGUGAUUGAACAAAAAGGAGAACAGAAGAAUAAAAUAGAACAGAAAAAACAAGUGAUUGAACAAAAAGGAGAACAGAAAAAACAAGUGAUUGAACAAAAAGGAGAACAGAAGAAAACAAUAGAACAGAAAAAACAAGUGAUUGAACAAAAAGGAGAACAGAAAAAACAAGUGAUUGAAGAAAAAGGAGAACAGAAGAAAACAAUAGAACAGAAAAAACAAGUGAUUGAACAAAAAGGAGAACAGAAAAAACAAGUGAUUGAAGAAAAAGGAGAACAGAAGAAACCAGCGAGCGCUGCUUCAUCGAUCAACAACAAUAAAACAGAGAAAAAACAGUCUGAUGUAUUACCAAAGACAACUACAACAGCUGCCAAGAAAAAUGUUGAAAAGCGGACUGCAACAGAACCGCUUCAAUCCGGAAAGGCAAAGAAGCAAAAAUAUGAUGGAAAGAAACGAGGAUUUAUCGUUGCUGGAGUCAAGUUGCCCUACGUCAAACCGAAUACAAAAAUGGAGGAGGAGGAGAAAUCCUAUGCAGUUACAUUCUUUGAGCAUAAGCCUAUCUAUAACACAUCAAUCUAUGCAGUGGAUAACGAUGGUGAUAUGGAUAAAUAUGAAGAUGACGGCAAUGAUACCGAUAAUGAAUUUGAAAUCGGACGUCCCACAAUUCGUAAACGUAUCAACAACAAAUGGAGUAGAAUAUAUGAGGAGCGUAAUUAUAAAUGUUGGCUUACCUGGUGGAAAGCGUUCAAGUGGUGCGAACUGCAAAUCAAUAAGAAGCUUGAAUCAUUUGGAUCUCUUAAUAUUAAGCAUAAGUUCCUACCUUAUUAUAAGAAACAGAUGUCCACGCAGGAUGUAAUAAUCAACUUGAUGAAACGGGCUCGAUUCUCAUUGGAGACCAAAUCGAAUAAUUUUCGAGACUUCAAAGUUAUUUAUGAACUAAUGAAUGAAACAUUCUUGGAGAAUCUUUUGCCAGCAACUGCAGAGAAACUGCAGCAUAUGAUACGUAAAAUUCCAAAUCAUCUGUGGCUGUAUAAGAUGCGCCGCAUGGUCUAUAUCUGGGCCGAGUAUUAUAAGUUAAGCGACAAUCUCACGAAUAAUUUUUCGGGUCUUCAGAAGCGUUGGAAGAGUCCCGCUUUCCACUGGUUGUGUAAGCAGGCCUUCGAUGAGCUGAAGACUCUCAGUACCAUUGAGUGGCCGAAACACAAGGAAAUGUACAACAAACUAAAAUCUGUGAAAUCUUAAGCGGCUUUAAGCUUUUAUAUUUUAAGCAUUUUGUAGUUUUAAGCACGUUAACUGGAAGG